AUAAAACCUGCUAAACCCUAAACCCUCUCAUAUUUCCUCAAGGCUUUUCUCCUUUUUGCCAGUUAACGCGUGCUCGAAGUUAGAACCCAUCGAUAUUGGCUGCCACGCGAGCUAGAAGAUGCUGGCAGGGUUUGUAAUUGGAAGAGCGUCAAAAGCCCUAAAUCAAUUCCUGCAUCACUCUCCUGCACUUUCGCAAUGCCUUCCGAGAACUAUGUUAUCGGUUGGGAAGCAAUCCUUCUCCGAAAAUAAGCUAGGGCCUUCCAAUUCGAGGUCAAUGGUCGUCAGUUCCACUCCCAGACUUGACCUAGCUGAAGCUGUCGCCUCCGCUCUCGAUGCCGAUACUAGAGUUCCUGCCACCGUGAUAACUGGCUUUCUCGGCUCCGGAAAGACUACUCUGCUGAACCACAUUCUAACUGCCCAACAUGGAAAGAGAAUUGCUGUGAUUGAGAACGAGGUAUUGAGAUACUGCCUUGCUAUUGUGUGCUCCGAAAAUUUGUGCUCGCUUCCCCGGCCUCUCCGUGCUGUUCUCUUUUCUUGUUUGUUUAUGACGGUGGAGAGUUUUAAUGAGCUUAGGUUCUGGGUGAAUUUUCAGAAGGCAGAUUGA